AUGUCCAAAAUUGAAAACAUCCGAAAACAUGCGUUUAGUGUGGCGGUUCUCAAUGGAGACUUUAAGAAAACUGAGUGGUAUGUGGACUCGGCAGCUAGUGUUCAUUUAACGCUAAAUGAAGAUUGGACUAAUAAUAAAAGAGUAAGUAAUACAUGUGAUAUUAUAGUUGCUAACAAGAACAUAGCCAAAGUAAAGUGUUCAGAUGAUUUGGAUUAA